AUGUCGGUCACGCUACACACCACCCAUGGAGACCUCAAGGUCGAAAUCUUUUGCGAAACCGUCCCCCAAACAGCAGAGAAUUUUCUAGCAUUAUGCGCAUGCGGCGCAUACGAUAACACCCCAUUCCACCGCUUCAUGCCCGGCUUCAUGAUCCAAGGCGGCGACAUCUCUCUCAGUCCCGCCGCAACCUCUUCCGAGCGGCACAUCCUCCCCUUCGACGACAUCCCCAAAGGUGGUACUUCAAUCAACCACCCUUCCGCCCUCAACCAGGAAAUCCACGUACCCGCCCUACGACAUAAUGCGCGUGGCGUGCUAUCCAUGGCCUCAAGACCGGUAAAAGACCGCACCGUGCCCGGUAUGCAAAAUGCCUCUGGACCGACCGUCAAUGGGAGUCAGUUUUUUAUAACUUUUGCGCCAGCAACGCAUCUUGAUGGGGAAAGCACUGUGUUUGGCAGAGUGCUGAAUCUGACGGCUCAGGACGAGGGUGGUGAUGUGCUGGGGAGGUUGGAACAGGCGAAUAUCAAAGUGGAUAAGAAAGGUCGUGUGGUGCAGCCAAAGGAAGGGCAGGAGAUUGAAGGGGAAUGGGAGGCGCUGAAGAUCAAGUCGGUUACGAUACAUGCCAAUCCGUUUGCGAAGUGA